UCUUCAACAGGAAGGACAUUGCAAUAGAUGAUUCUAUGAGUUAAACACAGGUCCUGUCGAAGGCGGCGGAGUUCUAAGUUUUCUAAAUUCAAGAUUUCAAGUCUGGUGGCAUAAGGUAUUUUGUUGUAUUCAGAGGAGUGGAGAACUCUUCUUGUAAAAUAUUUCUGGACACAUUCAAUUGUAUUGAUGUCUGAAAUGUGGUAUGGGUUCCAGACAUAUAUCUGGAUAUCUCCAAUGAUAUCUCCAAUGAGACUAAUUUGUUGGCACAGGGAGCCCCUCUCACAGUCCCUCAAGACAGGACGGGGGCUCUAGAACAGUUGUCCCUUCUCAAUUUUACAGGACUUGACAGUUUCUAUCGAGAUGGAAGCAAAAAGAUGCAAAAUAAAUAAAUAAAUAAAUCUAUCAGUCCUUCGUGCAAUCUAAUGGUCGUCUGAAUUUGUGCAGCUCGGAUCGGGAAGCCCUAAUGUUUCAUGCCCUAUGUUUCCAUCGCUGUUGGCCUUGGGAAAACGACCGUGAUAUUGAAGUAGAUGAUUUCAAGCGGAAAAGAAAUAGAUUCGUCGUUUAAAAAAAAAAUACAUAGACAGGGAUUGUGCAAGAAUAAAAAUAACAAGAGUAUUGGGAAUGCGUUUCCAGUCGGCAGUUUUCCUGAAGAGGACGCUUCCGGUAAGGGCAAGAGCAAAAGAACCGGCUGGCAAAGGAUUUUCACCGGGAGAAGCCGGAUUGGCCAGGGGAGCUUGUCACGUGGGCGAGGCGUUUGGACUGGGCACGGUUUGCCCCGCCUCUCCGCUGUGGUAGUCCCGGUGCGGUGCAUGUGUGGUUGUUUUCCCCCUCGUCCUCCUCCAUAUCCGGGGUACAGAUUGGGAGCGUUUCCUGUCGGCUGAAUCUGCGGGAGCCGCGGUGGGGAGACCGGGAAGCGGGCGAAGGAAAGGCUGCGCUAGGAUGAGAGUGGGGUCGCUGAAGAAGGAACCCUUCGCCGUAUUCGCCCACCGCCUCUUUUAAACAGAGCUUCCCAGUUACCCCGAACUGCGCCGAUUGCCUCUUUCAGUCUCUGCCGCUUCCCCGCCCUUCGCAGGACGCUGCGAUCGGAUGCCUCGCUCUGGGUCCGAAAGAAAGAAUUUGGAUCUUGCUAUGAUGAUCUCUGCCCAAUGGUUAACUCUCAGCUAGUACUGUUAUCUUGAGAGUUAUAACUGCUUGUGGAAGCGGUCAAAAAGUUGAGACUGCACCUGGCCUUUGGGUUGGGAUUGGCUUGCCUGAAAGGACAAUUGUGCUGGAUCUGGACGCACUAUGGAGUUUGCUGAGCUUAUCAAGACACCGAGGGCUGACAACGUAGUCCUUCACCGCCCUUUCUAUCCAGCAGUGGAGGGGACCCUGUGCUUAACGGGACACCACCUCAUCUUCUCUUCGCGACGGCAGGACAAUGUCGAGGAACUUUGGCUUUUGCAUUCCAACAUUGAUUCAAUUGAAAAACGUUUUAUCGGCUUCUUGGGCACCAUCAUUAUCAAAUGCAAAGAUCUACGAAUUAUCCAGCUUGACAUUCCUGGCAUGGAGGAAUCUUUGAACAUUGCUAGCUCCAUUGAGGCACUGUCUACCUUGGAUUCCAUUACACUCAUGUAUCCUUUCUUUUAUCGCCCCAUGUUUGAAGUAAUUGAAGAUGGCUGGCAUUCAUUCCUGCCUGAAAGUGAAUUUGAACUUCUCAAUUCAGUUACAAAUGAAUGGCGGUUGAGUUACAUCAACAAAGAUUUCUCAGUCUGCCCUUCUUACCCACCUGUUGUCACUGUCCCUAAAUCAAUUGAUGAUGAAUCUUUAUGCAAGGUUGCCACUUUUCGCCAUGGUGGACGUUUCCCAGUACUCAGCUAUUAUCACAAGAAAAAUGGGAUGGUGAUAAUGCGCAGUAGCCAACCACUUACAGGUACUAAUGGGAGGCGUUGUAAAGAGGAUGAGAAGCUGAUCAAUGCCACCCUGAGGGCAGGCAAGCGUGGAUAUAUCAUUGAUACACGAUCUCUGAAUGUUGCUCAGCAAGCCCGGGCCAAAGGUGGAGGCUUUGAACAGGAGGUUCAUUAUCCUCAGUGGAGAAGAAUUCACAAAUCCAUUGAGCGAUACAAUAUUCUGCAAGAGAGUCUCAUCAAGCUUGUGGAGGCCUGUAAUGACCAGUCUCAUAAUAUGGAUCGUUGGCUGAGUAAGUUAGAGGCUUCAAACUGGCUGACCCACAUCAAGGAAAUCCUAACCACAGCAUGCUUGGCUGCCCAAUGCAUUGAUAGGGAAGGAGCAUCUGUCUUGAUUCAUGGAACAGAAGGCACUGAUUCAACACUACAAGUGACUUCCUUGGCUCAGAUCAUUUUGGAUCCCAGAUGCAGGACCAUUCGUGGCUUUGAAGCUCUGAUUGAGAGAGAAUGGCGUCAGGCUGGCCACCCAUUUCAACAGCGCUGUGCCCAAUCAGCUUAUUCAAAUAGCAAGCAGAAAUGGGAGGCUCCUGUAUUCCUCCUUUUCUUGGAUUGCGUCUGGCAGAUCCUUCGCCAGUUCCCUUGCUCCUUUGAGUUCAACUAUCAUUUUCUCAUCAUGCUCUUUGAACAUUCUUACGCUUCUCAGUUUGGAACUUUCCUGGGUAACAAUGAAAAUGAAAGGUCUAAGCUGAAAUUACCUCAGAAGACAAUGUCCUUGUGGUCCUGGGUGAAUCGACCAGAAGAGCUCAAUCGGUUUAAGAACCCUCUCUUUGAAGCCAACAGUCUAGUCAUCUGGCCUUCUGUUGCGCCACAAAGUCUGCAGCUGUGGGAAGGAGUUUUUCUUCGCUGGAAUAGAUCCUCCAAAUUUGUGGACGAAUCUUAUGAAGAAAUGAUCAACAUCAUAAAAUAUAACAAGGAACUCCAAGUGAAAGUCAACAUGCUAAGACGGCAGCUAGCGGAGCUGGAGAUAGAUGACAGCACACGGGAUGACGGGAUGCCUGAGAGCCCCUGAAAUCUGGCAGAAUACAGGGCCAGAUUGUGUUCCUUCCCAGUUAAGCGAGUCACUUCUACACACUAAGCACUAAACAAAUAAGACUUGCAUGCGCUCAAGCUCAUUUUUGGUGCAAUCAGGUUGAACUUUUUUUUUUUUUUUGCUUCAGAGUUCUUCACUUGGCACUAUAGUCACCCACCUCCAUUUAGGAUCGUGGUGCUUGUUUUUGUUUACAUGAUGAAACUUGUAAUUUAGCUGGUUGUGGUUUUCCCUCCUUGUCCCCUCCGGGGAGGUGUUUCAUCUUUAAUAAAUUGUGUGUUCGGUUACAGUGUCACUCAGGUUUUUAACCACGACUAAGCAUCAAUGACACAAUAGGGGUGCCCUUAGCUUUGUGGAAAUGUUCAUUCUGGAUCUGGCCAAUACUGUCAGAGGUUUCCAUGCUUUGUAAAGGAUGAUCUUUGGGAUCAAAGUGGUAAGGCAAGUCUAAAUUCUUCUUUUCUUCCCCAAAGUAUUUUUUUGUUGUUGUUCUUAUUUAAGACACUUGUAACUUUUGCUUGGAUAGGACCGUCAAUCAUAAAAUAAAACAACCUUUUUCCGUAUUCCUUAUGCCACCCUGCAACUUGCAGAAAGGAAAAUGAAAAAGUGUCCAAUAAAAAGAAAGACUUUUUACUGCAUUUUCUCUACCCUCCACACUAGCAGGCGGUGCUGAUCACAUCCAUUUCCUCAUAUCUUGGCUCAACAGGUGGUAGAUUCUGCACAGCUGGUGGGCAAGUACAUUUUAGAAUGCGAUCCAUAAAGAUACGGGCGCUUCACUAUUUUUAGUGGGAAAUUAUUUUCCUUAUUUUUAUGUUUUAUAUUUUUGUUGACCUAUUUGUGAAAAUGCUAACUUGCCAGAAUGGGUAUGUGUCUGCUGUUGAUACAUAGUAUCUACUGUACUAAAUGCAAGCUUUUCUCUCUCCUGUAACCAAUUCUGGUGUAAUGUUUGGGUGGCUUUGCUGUUUCAUUGAAUCACUUGUCAGUUGGGGAGAUUGGAUAUUUAUGCCAAAAAAACAUGGAUUUGUGUUCCUUAACAAAAGGCACUAUUUAGCUGAAAGUAAUGGCUUGACUGAUGGAUAAGUAAUGCAUAUAGCAUCAACAGCAUGAAAAUUAAACAACUUUGAUCCAUAGGCUGUUAUUACCAAGACAGUGAAAUGACUUUGCCCAACUUGGAAGCUUCUGAUCAUUAGCUUUGUGCUAGUCUGUUAAGUUGAAGGUAGGAGGAGAAUUUAAAUAUCAUAUCCACUUCUGUAUUCAGCUUGGCUUGCAGGUGAAGUCGAUUUGGCCUGAGGGUUUAUUUCUCCUAUUCCUAUGGAACUAAGGCACAUUCACAACAUCAUUGAAAGGGGAGUAUCUGUGUUAAUGCAUGCUCACACUUGUUAAACCCUUUGACAAAUUAGCAAUGUUAGGUGUAUAUGUCAGAACUGCAUUCUGUUGUAAAAUUUUCUCUUAGUCAAAGGCUUUUGAAGCAUAUAGUUAGGCUUUCAUUUUUUUAACAUCUACAAGUAAGAGGCCUUACUUUGUAUUUUGCUCUGUUUCUUUGAAUGUUCUGUAAUGCUUUUUUUCCCCUAUUCCACUUAAAAGAAAUAACUUCCUGUUUUAUUCCAUUUCCUUUAGAUAUCUGUCUUACUAGACAUGUCUAUUUCCCUGAUCUUUGGAACAUACAACCCUUCUUGAUCAGAUGUGGACUUUUUUUUUAAAUUCCCCAUUUUGAUCAGAAGCUUUUUCUUAGAGGCAGUCCCUCUUGAAUGAACAAAUUUUUAUUCUUUGCCACCCUGUCAACUUAGCUGACAAUAUCAGAGGUUCUUCCCCUCCUCAAAGUGCACCAUAAUAUAGUUGAUUGCUCAAAAAAUAGAGCAUUUAGCAUUUUAUUGUUAAUGUGAAAUAUAUCGUUCCUUUUAAUGAAUUUUACUAAAUAUUUUGGAGUAGGAACAACUCGUGGUUUGUUUGUUUGUUUGUUUGUUUGUUUUUGUGUGUGGAGGAGGGCUUGGAAUUGUGGAUAAUUGUGCCUAACCUAACCUGCUGAUCAUCUCCUUCCACCUCUCCCAAACCCUUUCAUUUUCCUAAAGGUAUGCUGCUCAGAAUUAGUACUGUCUGUAGCUUUUGUGACUUUGACUAAGAUGGAUUUCUUUCUAAGUAUAGUGAUAUCUAGCUCUUCACAACAGAUUGGAAGCUGCAAGCCUGUUCCAGGACUUUAUCGAUAAUGGUUGGGCUUACCAGAUUCAUGUAUUUGCCACUAGAAGGUUAGAAUGACAAAGAUGCGUUUUUAAAUUCAUUUGGGUAUCACACAAAGGCAGUCAUGCAGUAUUAGAAUAACAGAACAGAGGGAAAACUGGGAAUGGGCAUUUUUCAGGUGCUAUCCUUUUUCUCAGUAGCCAGGACAAUACUCCUAGACAAUAACUAGGAGAUGUGGGCUAACCUCACCUACCCUUGCCUUUCUAUAAUUUUGUGGUUAUUGGAAAUGGUAGCACAUUAUUUGCUUGGUUCAAGAGGUUAACUGGGAUGUUACUUCCACUGAAUUUCUGGGAAAAGGUAAAAUAUCAGGGAUGAAAGUUCACAAUCUUCAUCCUGAAUUAUUUUCUGUUUAUUUGGCAGCUUUGACAUGGAUUUCACUCUUACGUUUAAGACCUACCAUAACCUUUUCAGCAUAAUCAAUUUCUACCCUCAAAUGGUCUCUUAAUUGGCACCACUCUAAAGUAUUGAAAUAAACAGACUCCUUCCAUAUCUAUUUAUUUCAAAGUUAUUUUCUUGUUAAGUUUAGAUGUGAUUUUUGCAUAUGAUAUUUAUGUUACAGUUCAUUAUCUUCAAGAAUUGGUUGUAAACUAUUCAUAAUCUUAAUGGCUAAUUUUUGAUAGUUUUUGAAAGGUAUGUUUGAUUAAAGGGAAGUGUAAAUAACAAUAUUUACAAUGCAGUAUUUAUUAUUUGGAUGAAUUAGACCUUAGUAAAAUUGUGUUAAUAAUUAUGUUGUUUCAUAAUAGUUUUAAGAUUGGUUAACAUUUCACCCUUUUCCAGAAAAAAAAUCAUUUGUAUUUUCAUACUGCUAUGAAUUCUGGAACUUUUUUCCUCAUUAAAAAUUAGGUCCUUUAUAGCAGUGCAAAGAUGGCCCAUCUUGGUUUGGCUGCUUGAUUACAACACAGCAAUCAAUUUAAACACAACACUUCUUGCAAUGGAUGUUACAAAAUUAUACUUCUGAGGGUUUUUUAUUCUCUUAAGAUGUCUAAAUCUUUUGUCUUUUUUUUUCUCCUAAUGUCUGCACAUGAGGCAGAGAAUUGAGGUAAAUUCUGUACACUAUUAUAGGGAUUCUAUGUAUUAUAGUAGUAAACUUGUAUAGAAAAGAGCAACCUGGUUUAAUUUCUACAACUGAACAUUUCAUAUGACUAGGGUCGCCUUCCAUUUUCUCUUGGGCUCUGCAGAUGUAAUCAAAUUACUGUAUUGUGUGGAAAGAUGCCAGCUCUUGCCAACAUUACCAAUUCUGUCUGGGUACAAUCUGCCUGCUAUAAUUAUUUGAAAUUGCUGCCUCAGCAUUCGUGAAGUCAUCAGUUUUAAAAAUUGAAAUAAACUUGAGAAGCUACUGUUUUAUUGGAUGAUUAGUAUUUUUCUAGCAUCUGACAGUUCUGUAACUUAUUUUACAAUAGGUGUCUUAAGGGUUGCCUGUUUUUCAGAGUACCAAAUUUGCUGAAAAAACUGAACCCCCACCCCUCAAAUAACUGCUAAUGAAUUGACAGUCCAGUCGAAGUGCCUGAUAAAAAUAAAAGAAGCUGCCCUCUGGGAAUGCCUAAUCCUUUUUUUGUAGCAUCUAAACAGGGGUUACAUCUGCCCUCACCUCAACACUUCCCUUUCCUCCUCUUCCUUCCUUUCCCCUUCAAUCAUUGUUUCUGCUAGAAGGAAGAAAGGGGAAGAGGGAAAUGUAUACAUGCUCCUUUGCUUUUGUGUGUGACAAAAGAAUAAUUGGUAGUCCCUUAUGGAAGAACAACUAAUGUUAUGACUAGAGAUCAUUAAUUUACAGGCAGUUAAUGUCCAUUCCGCUCCCGCCCCCCCAAAAAAUCUGGUCUAUCCUUUGGAUUGAUGGGAUAUAGAUUUUUGACUACUCUUCCUUUGGCAGGGAAAUAGUUUUAUAUUCAGAGUCAUCUUCUAUUCAGGUAAAUAUGGUACAAAUUCAUAAAGAAGUAGUUUUGCAUUUGAAGAUGCCUUCUGAGUAAUCUUUUUAAGAGAAAUCCUUCUGUUCUUCAAUUAUGAGCAUAUGACCAAGAAUAUGUUAGUUUCAUAGCAAUAGCCUUUAGACUUAUAUACUCCUCCACAGUGCUUUACACCGCACUCUGAAUGGUUUACAGUGUCAGCAUAUUACCCCCCAAAAUUUGGGUUCUCAUUUUAUCAACCUUGGAAAGAUAGAAGGCUGAAUCAACCGUGAGCCGAUCAGGAUCGAACUCCUGGCUGUUGGGAGAGAUGCAAUACUGCAUUCUAAUCACUAUGCCACUAUGGCUCCUAGUUUUAUGCAUUCCUUUUUCAGUAAUUGAAGGCAGAAAUCAAUCAGCCAAUGAAAUUUCAGAUUCCAAAACUAUAUGAAACAUUCACCAAGUGUAUUUCUUACUGGUUCCAAUCGAUAGCCCUGCUAGGCUUCUACAACAAUAUUAAUGCAAUUAAUGAGGCAAUAUAAAGUUGAACAUCUCUUCCAUUUUGUGCCCGUUCACUAAUAAUGUGCUAAUAAUUCAGGUGAGAGUUAAGAUUCUUUGAUAUUUUUGUCCAAAAUAAUUUUUCCAACUGUGGGCACCUGAAUGAUUUGUGCAAAAUCAGAAGUUCAAAUACUUUAGGAUAUAACUAAAAUAAUUACUAAAACCUUAAUUCUGGAUAGGAUAAGCACAUUCCUGAUCCCUUCCCUGAAAUCUGGCACCUAACAGAACCUCAGAAGUGAGUCUUUUCCAUGGCUGCCCCUACUGUAAGGAACUGCCUCUCCUGGGAGGCGAAUUGUAACAAAAUGUAAAAUUCCCCCCAAGAAGGUGAUCUGUGCCUGGUUAAUAAGGAACUGGCAAAGAUGAAUUAUGCAUGAAUUCUUAAGAAAGGGCCAUUGAAAAUUACUUCCUUUUCAAAUGAACUUGAUUCCAACAGCACCAUAUUUAGCAAGGAAUUUUUAUUUAGCUUCCUGACAUUUUCUUUCUGAAUUCUUUUAUGUUGAAAUAUGGCAAUUUAUAGAUCUCUUGCAACAUUCUGGGAGAUUAAAUUAGUAUCUCAAAUUUCAAAUUUUGAGUAUUUACCUAUAAUUACUAGAAUUGGAAAUUCUGGAUGAAUCUAUUGUAAUUCAUCUCCAAAAAUGGUAAUGCCUUGAUGUUAUAUUCUAGUUUUACCAUACUUUCUUUGCUUUUCUAUGGUGCCUGUGGCAAAUAAGAUGCAUAUCUGAAAGACAGAUUUUAUUUGUUAUUUAUUUGAUAUAUCUUGCCUUUAUUUUGAACAUCCCAAAGUGACACAUACUUGUCAUGUAUAUGACAUAAAUUUACAGAUGCAAUACAGAGGGAGAUACUAUCAUUAAUAGAAGUUUCAUAUGUCAGCAUAAUGACAAGUGUAUUUCCUUUCUUGAAUACAGCAUGACACAAACGUGUUACUGAAGAUACAGGCUUCAGUAUCAUGGAAUGACCCCUGAAAAGAUUGGUCAGUAGGUUCCCAAUUUUUUUACAAUUUGAGUUCUAUUAUGGAAAAAAUAUUAACCUUGGAGGUCUUCAUAGCUAAUCUUUUUAUUGUACCCUCAAGAUAAUGUUUCCUUUAGCUUUGUAGCUGAUGAUUUAAUUAGGGCAUCGGUCAGAACCCUGACAGCUGAGACAUUAGGUUGUUGGACAUCCGUAAUAAAAAAAAGACAAGACGCACAGAAUACUGAAUAAGUGAAAUUUUUCUUCAACAAGGCUAGAGAACCAAAGAUUGGAAACGAACUAGAUAAAAGAAUAAAAUCCAAAACUAAUUGAAGCUGUGGAAAGUAGAAGUUGUGGAAAGCUCUAAGAAAGUAAUUUCUCAUGAAGCUCAUGAUUGAAAUAAAUGUUUGUAUGAAUGUGAAGUUUAGAUUGGGGAUCAUGAUAAAGCCGACGGAUUAUAUUUACAGUAUUGUCAUGUGUACCCAGUUUAUUAUUUUGGUGAUUUUUAUCUAAGGUUUCCUAGUUAAGUGUUAUCUGUUAUAGUAAUGAAAUGAAUGUUCUUAAUCACAUAAAAGAUGUACCAGGAAGGUUUGCUCAUGUGACUCACUGUGAGAGUUUGAAUUUGGAGCUGCUGUCUGCACUUCAGAAAACCAGCUGCAGAUCCACAUUGUAAGCCCUCCCAAGUAAACCAGAUAGGAAACAAGACUUGAUGAGCAAACACUACUUUGUUGUAAGGCUACAUUAACAGAAUCUUGCAAAUCUGAAGAUAUAAACUUCCUGCCACUGCUUUUAACCGCUUGAUCAAUUAGGGUGGGUCCUUCCUAAGUUUCUUUCUCUGAUAGUUAAGACACUGGGGCUCCUGCCUUUCUUAUCUGACUGUUUUCUAAGUAGCAUCUCUUCUCCUUGUCCACCAAGGUCAUCCACACAUCACACAGGCUGAAACACAUCCCGUCCUCACUUCCUUCAUGCAUUCAUACAUUUAUUCACAAUAUUCAGAAGCAUCCAAGCUGGUGUUGCAGCUGCCUGUGAUAAUUGAGCCACACCUUGGCAUUUGCAAGAAUAUGCUAAUGUCCAGAGGCAGCCUAACACCACCCAGGCUCUUAGCUUGCAAAAGACGGAGGUGUAGGAGGAAACUUGGCAAACUGGCAUAUAGACAGGGAAGCGGAUAGGACAUCCAGAGAUAGGUAGCUAUUACAAGCAGGUAUAAGGGCUAUCAAUUACCAGCAACACAAGCUGUGGUGAGCAGCACAUCCUUGUGGAAGUCCUGCUUGGAGCUUUGCUGAGAGCUCGAUAGCAACUAGAAGUGAAACAACCACAUGAAACAGUACCUCAUUCCAACUAGGACAAGAAUGUUUGCAAAAAAGGCAAAGGGUGUGUGCUACUUUAUAGACUUUGAGAUUUGUUUGAACUAAGUAUUAAAAGCCUGAGUAUAAAAGGCCUGCAUAUUAAAGACAUUUAUGUGACGGCAUGACCUUGCAAAGCCUAUAAGGUGGAGUAGACUAAAAGCAAUAGCUUUUUUGGGUGAAAGGUGUGUGCUGUAAUAAAACAUUGUGCAGAUUUUGCUACCCUGGUGUGUCCAGUCCUUGGAAAACAGAAUCCUCAUACUCGUUCCCAUUUAUGUUCCUCCAAAAUUUUUAAUAUGGGGCUGCCUCUGAAAAGCACUCAGAACUGGUUUUUGACAAAUUUUGGCAUUCCUCAUUAUACCCAUGUAAUACCACUGCUCCUCAAGCUGUGCUGGCUCCCAAUAGGCUUUUCAAGGUGCUGGUUGUUACUUAUAAAGCCCUUCAUGGCAUAGAGUCAGGAUACCGCCUGGGCCACCUCUGUCCCAUUGUUUUUGUCUGUCCCAUAAUAUCUAGUAGAGAAGGCAUGCUUUGGGUCAGUUCUAUUAAACCAUGUCUUGUUGCAAAGUCAUGCCUUGCCAGUGGCAGCACCUGUACUAUGGAACAACAUAGCCCGUGGAAUUCAGGUGACUCAGUGAUGAAAUUCAAUUUUUUUUACUACCAGUUGUGUGGGUGUGGUAUGGCUUGGUGGGCGUGGCAGGGGAAGGACACUGCAAAAUCCCCAUUCCCUCCCCACUCUUGGGGCCAGCCAGAGGUGGUAUUUGCUGGUUCUCCAAACUACUCAAAAUUUCUACUACCGGUUCUCCAGAACCUGUUGGAACCUGCUGGAUUUCAUCCCUGAGGUGACCUCAGCCUUUUGUAAGGCACUGAAGACUUGGUUCCUCCCCCAGGCAUUUGGGUCAGUGGAUAGAUGAGCUCUGCUGUUGUUGGUAGUGAGUUAAGUUCAUGAUUUUCUUUUCUUUUUUUAAUAUUUUUAUUAAACAUUUUUUUAAAAACAAAAAAUUUUUUUAACACUUUUUUCUUUUCAACAGUUUCAGGUCGGUAACCAAUAC